ACCCAGCUCUUGCAUGUGCAAAGCCGUCAUCAUUACACAGUGUACACACAGCAGGCGUGCUCUCCCAUCACAUCACAGAGGAUCUUCAUCUUUUUUUGUUUAUGGUGAGAGGUCCCCAGUUACUAUGGAUCUCUAAAAAAAAAUAUUUUGAGUGACACUUUAGAAGUGAAAGCAGCAGUGAACAUUUUUACAACACUUCUUUACCAAAAUUGACUUUGGUGAUAGAAAGUGGUUCUUGAGGACUUCAAAUCUUAAUACCUUAAGCAAACUCAGAAACUGUCUCAUUACUUCAGAUGCCGAAGAACAGUAAAGUAACAAAGAGAGAGCUGGAUGAUGAUGUUGUGGAAUCAGUUAAAGAUUUGCUAUCCAAUGAGGAUUCAUGUGAAGAAAGUUUCAAAAAGAGUGAGUUAAUGGUCCAAGAUGAGAUAGACAAAGACCAAGACAUUGAAGAAGGUUCCGAUAUUGAAGAUGAGAGACCUGCAUGGAACAGCAAACUCCAGUACAUUCUUGCACAAGUGGGAUUUUCAGUUGGCUUGGGAAAUGUGUGGAGAUUCCCAUAUCUAUGCCAGAAAAAUGGAGGAGGUGCAUACCUGGUGCCAUAUUUAAUCCUCCUUCUGGUUAUUGGAAUUCCACUGUUUUUCUUGGAGCUGUCUGUAGGACAGAGGAUACGAAGAGGAAGUAUUGGUGUUUGGAAUUACAUUAGCCCUAAAAUGGGUGGAAUUGGAUUUUCAAGCUGUAUUGUUUGUUUGUUUGUGGCACUUUACUACAAUGUCAUCAUUGGAUGGAGUCUGUUUUAUUUUUCGCAGUCCUUCCAGCAUCCGCUCCCCUGGGAUCAGUGCCCUUUGGUGAAAAAUGGUUCUAACACCUUUGUUGAGCCAGAAUGUGAGAAAAGUUCUGCAACUACUUAUUACUGGUACAGAGAAGCCUUAAAUAUAUCUGACUCAAUCACAGAAGGCGGAGGACUGAACUGGAAAAUGACUCUUUGUUUACUUGCUGCUUGGAUAUUUGUAUGCCUUGCCAUGAUUAAAGGAAUUCAGUCUUCUGGCAAGGUCAUGUACUUCAGCUCUCUUUUUCCAUAUGUGGUCCUCACCUGUUUCCUUGUGCGGGCUUUGCUUUUGAAUGGCUCCAUUGAUGGCAUUCGUCACAUGUUCACGCCAAAGCUUGAAAUAAUGCUGGAGCCAAAGGUUUGGAGAGAAGCUGCGACCCAGGUGUUUUUUGCUCUGGGGCUUGGAUUCGGCGGGGUCAUUGCCUUCUCCAGCUACAACAAGCGAGACAACAACUGUCAUUUUGAUGCUGUUCUGGUUUCAUUAAUCAACUUUUUUACUUCGGUUUUGGCAACAUUGGUCGUAUUUGCUGUGUUAGGAUUUAAAGCAAACAUUAUGAAUGAGGGCUGCAUUACAGAAAAUUCUGGGAAGGUGGUCAAACUUUUGGAAGCUGGAAAUGUCAGCUGGGAUAUCAUACCUCACCAUGUCAAUUUCUCAAGAAUCUCAGUGCAAGAUUACCAGCUAGUUUAUGACAUCAUUAAAAAGGUUAAGGAAGAAGAAUUUGAUGGUCUUGGAUUGGCUGCGUGUCAGAUAGAAGAUGAAUUAAACAAGUCUGUCCAAGGGACUGGUUUGGCUUUUAUUGCAUUUACCGAAGCUAUGACACAUUUUCCAGCAUCGCCAUUUUGGUCAGUGAUGUUUUUCCUCAUGUUAGUAAAUUUGGGCCUUGGCAGCAUGUUUGGAACAAUUGAAGGAAUUACAACACCCUUAGUGGACACAUUUAAAAUAAGAAAAGAGCCUCUCACUGUUGGAUGUUGCCUGCUUGCAUUCUGCAUUGGGCUCCUCUUUGUGCAACGGUCAGGAAACUACUUUGUUACUAUGUUUGAUGAUUACUCUGCUACUUUGCCCCUUCUUGUUGUGGUCAUCUUGGAGAAUAUCACUAUUUCCUGGAUAUAUGGAAUUGACAAAUUCAUGGAUGAUUUAAGGGAUAUGCUUGGAUUCACACCCUUAAAAUACUACUAUUAUAUGUGGAAAUACGUCUCUCCAGUUCUGUUAUGUAUUUUACUUAUAGCGAGUGUUGUCCAAAUGGGAAUUACCCCACCGGGUUACUAUGCAUGGAUUGCUGAAAAGGCUACAGAAGAACGCCUGAGUUAUCCAACCUGGGGACUUGUUGUUUGUGUGUCACUUAUAGUUGUCGCUCUUCUGCCAGUUCCCCUGGUGUUUAUUGUUCGCUUCUUCAAUCUUAUUGAUGAUAACACUGGAAGCUUGGCCUCUGUCUCCUAUAAAAGAGGACGCAUUAUCAAGGAACUGUCCAAUAUAGAAGAAGAUGAUGCCAGUCUAAUCCAUGAGAAGAUUCAAAGCGAGAUGCCUUCUCCAAAUAUUGGAAAUAGCAUCUACAGAAAGCAAAGUGGAUCCCCAACUUUAAAAGUGGACACUGCUCCCAAUGGACGUUAUGGCAUUGGGUAUCUAAUGGCAGACAUGCCAGACAUGCCCGAAUCAGACUUAUAAUGGGGAUGAUAAAAUCGCAAUUCUUUUUCCUUGGCAAUGCACACUAGCUCUUCUUCAAUGAAGAGGUUGGCUUUAAUGCUUAUGAAGCACUGACAGCUGAAUAAUGUUUCAGGACUGAGAACACACAGUUUGAGAGGAUGAGGGGCAUUGUGGGUUGUUACCGGAAGGCAUAAGACUUUUGUGUUCUGGAUCUGGCUUUAGCCCUUAGAACUUUUCUAGGACCUUAACUACUGUAUGUGUCUUACCUCUCUGUGCCUAAUUUUGUCCUGAGAUCAAAUGACAACUAAGUUUGUGACAAUUGUCUGUACACACAUUGAAUAUUUCUUGACACUAUCAAUACAAUCAACCAAUAAGGACAAGUAAAAGCUAGGUGGCGCAAUCAGAUAAAUGACUGCAUAAAGAAGUAAGUUGCUGGUCCCUGUAUUUCCUUUAAGCCAUAUGAAUGGUUAGUAUAUGAGCUACAGUAUUAUCAUGAAUUAUGGAUGUUUUCAGUAUCUUAUUAGUAAUAAAUCUUUUUUGACUUGAUUAGUCAGCUGAAGCUCAGGGCUACAAAGCAACUGACUUAUUUUGACAUCUUUAAAUAAGAAAAGUCCAUUUUGUGUAAUUAUAUUUUGGUUCAUUUUUUGGCUCCCUCAUCAGUGUUAUUUAAAUUCAUGUCAGGGUCACAAAGUGAUCACAGUGGAAUGUUUUUAUCCUUUAUUUUGAAUGUGUUCACAUGUGACUAGAAUUGGCUUAUAUAAGCAAAAAAUGGUGGCUCAGGGUUGCCAAAAACUCAAUGCAUUUAAUGAUGAUGACCAUACUGGGCCUGUUAUGAAUGUAUUGUAUGUGGAUGUUCAUCAGAAGAAAGGUUAUGUCAGGACAAUGCUAUGUGUGCCAAAAUAGCUUCAAAGUGGAUAUAAGCACUUAGGUAUUUACCCAUUUUCAAAUCCAAAAUGUAUUAUUAUUACUGUUAAACCCAUGUCCAGAUUAAAAAAUGACUAAACAUCAA